AUGAAGGGCCAGUCAGUGCAAUGGGGCGUGGCCAUUGUUCUGAGUCUCUGGUCACUGACCAAUGCAGUUUCACAAAGUGCUCCCAUUGUUUUGGAUAUCACUCCUUACCACGGCAGCAUCAACGGAGCAACCAGGCUGACAAUUAAAGGACAAGGUUUUUUGGGAGAAAGGCCAUUUGAUUACACAGGAGGAAAUGGACAACUAGGCAACAAGGUGCAACUCCUUUCGGAAUCCAGGUCCAUCCCCUGCGAUGUAGAGAAAGAUUUCAGCCAUGACACACAGAUUAUUUGCUACACCAGACCACUACCAAAGGACAGCUAUCAGGUUGUAGUGAGUGUAGAUGGGGUUCCAAUUAAUUCCAUCAAGAUGCUAAUCUUUAAAUCAGAAGACCAUUAUACGCCAACCAUUGAGAAGAUUUCACCAUCGUCUGGAUUACCAGGUCAACUCAUUAACAUAUCUGGAGAUAUUUUUACUGAUAUCUAUGGCAGCAACAAGCCAGUCGACUCUACUCUCAGAAGAACCAGGAUUUUGAGCUGCAGAGUCUAUGCUGGAGGAAUGCUUUGUGAGCUCCUUCACCCUGAGUCAGAUAUGUUCUACGGUUUGAAACUUGAUAACGUGUACAGUGACAGUGGCACGAUGACUUGUAAAAUGACUGGAACAUAUGUUGGUCACCACAAUGUGAGUUUUAUUUUGGACAAUGGCCAUGGAAGGUCUUUACCUAAUCCAAACACUUACUUUAUUUCUUCCCUGAAUAAACUCAGCAUGUUCCAGACCUAUGCAGAUAUACCAAUGAUAGCUUACCCUCCAUUGUUUGACAAAGGAAUUCUUAUUGAGGACAUCAUAGUUACUGAAGGAGGAACUAAAAAUGCUGGUGUGCACAGUCAGUAUGAAGUAACUAUGGUUACUAUCGACUGUAGCUGCAACAUUCCAAUGCUAGAGAUUGCCUUUGCUCAGCCUUUGCCUAAUAGCACAAAGGAUGAGAUAGUUUACAGAGGAAGCACUUGGCCUGACGGGUCUAUUUUAAGAGUUUGGAGAACACAAGCAGCAUCUUCUCCAAUUUCUGGUACCUUGGAUAUUGAGUACUUUGGGAAAACUUUGAAAGAUUUGCCAGUUAAUGUUACGGCCUUGGAAAUGCAGUACGCCUUACAAACCAUCCCUGAGAUUGGGACAGUUUCUGUGAUGAAUUCAGGCAACUGUUCUGCUGCCCAGUGGACAGUGAAAUGGCUCAGCAAGCCUGGCAAUCAGCCCAAAUUAAAGAUUAAUGAUGUGAAUGUCAUUGGAGUCAAUGCAACAGUAAAUGUUUACAAUAAGCAGCGAGGAGGGCUGUUUAGUGAACAUCUGAUGGGUGAUCUGUUCCGGACACCACACACACAGCCUCAGGUAGAGGUUUUCAUCAAUGGUAUUCCCAGUAACUGUUCCGGGAAUUGUGGAUAUGAAUGGAAUGCUGAGAAAACCCCUGCCAUUUCACACAUUACCCCAACAACAGGAUCCAGGACCGGUGGGACUGUUCUAACCAUAAGAGGCUUCAGAUUUGCCAACAGUUCGACGACUGAUACCACGUGGGUUUCGAUUGGAGGGACCCAUUGUCCCAUCACAGGAUUAACUGAUACCGAAAUAACCUGUACAAUUGCGGUUGCCAGUAAUACAUCAUCUCCCCUCAUUGUUUACAUCGCUGGGCUUGGCUUUGCAAACUAUUCCAGCAACCAGACAUACACAUUUACCUUUCAGUUUGAGGCGACAAGUAUAUAUCCAUCUACGGGCAGUACUGAAGGAGGGACAAUUCUGACCAUAUCUGGCUAUGGAUUUGUUCCUAAUUCAACGGUUUUAAUUGGAGGGAAGACCUGCCUUGAACUUACAGAAAGUCCUGUCAAGAUGAAAUGCAGUACUCCAGCGGCCCCAGUUGGAAUGUACAACAUCUCAGUGAUUGCUGCUGGGAUAUCCAACCCAGUUCCCUUCUCCUUCAUUUACAUUGAUGCAAAGAUUCCAGUAAUUUUAGAAGUGAUUCCAAGAACAAGCAGUGUGUCAGGUGGUUCCAAUCUGACGAUCUAUGGAUCGGAUUUUGGCAACAAAACUGAAGAUAGUUUUGUAGUUAUUGGGAAUUCUGAGUGUGCGAUUCUUCGAUGGUCAACUAACAACAUUACGUGUUGUCUGCCCAGUCUCCCUCCAGCGAAUUACAGUAUCUAUGUACAAACUCUUGUUGGCAAAUCUCUAAAUGCUUCAAUUGAGUAUAUCUUGCGUGUAAUGGAAGUGAGUCUUCAGCAGGGCUCAUUGUAUGGAGGCACAAAAAUCACCAUAUCUGGAUCUGGUUUCAGUCCUGUCCCAGAAGACAAUGUUGUCCAAAUUGGUUCUGUUCCAUGUCACAUAGCCUUUGCUUCACCAAAUAUUCUCGAGUGUGUUUCUGAUCAAACUGGAAGAAAAUUUGUCAUCAACAACAAUGGCAGCAGUCAAACAUUUGGUGUGGGGUAUAAGUGGAAUCCCUCAAACCUGGAUAUCUUUGUUGGGGAUACAGUACAGUGGCAGUGGAAGGCCCCAUCCUUACUUCAAAAUUUGAAAUACAGAGUCUCCAGUGUCUCCAAGCCCAGUGACGUAAACUACAAAGGCAUUGGGUUUAUUAGUGGCAAUAUGAGCACUACAUCAGGUUCGUUCUCUCAUCAUUUCACCUCCCCUGGGACUUAUUACUACAGCAGUGGUUAUGUGGACCAGAAACAAAGCAUCAUUCUCCAAGGGGUGGUGAAUGUGAAGCCAACUGAGGAAAGCAUCAAAGGUGUACAAGUUUAUUUAGCAGGGAUUGAAGCAGAAUAUAUACCAGGGCCUUCUGAGAAACUACAUUCACAACUAAAAAGUAAUAGUGACUGUACGGUACCAAAACCCACCUGUAACCAGGCAUCGAACAAGACCGAUGACAGGAGCUUCACAUUUCAUCUGUCUCUCUGCUGCUCCCCCACAAUUAACAGCAUCGCACCCUCAAAAGGAACAAUGAAAGACAGGUUAACCAUUACUGGCACUGGAUUCAGUAACAUUAGCUGUGCGAACGAGGUGAGAGUUGGAGCACAUCGGUGUGUCGUUGAAAAUAGCACAGAGAGUGAACUUUUAUGUCAGAUAGAUCCUGAGGGAGUGAUGGAUAUUGGCAUUGCAGUUCUGGUGUCUGUGACCAUCCAGAACCUUGGCACUGCUAUCAAUACUUUAACUGAUGAACUGAGUCGUCGUUUUGUGCUGCUUCCUCACAUUGACGCUGUUAACCCCAAUGUUGGGUCCACAAUGGGAAAGACCAGAGUAACCAUCACUGGGUCAGGCUUUGGAGCUGACCUGGGUGCUGUCACGGUCCAGUUAGCCAAUGUGUUUUGCAUGCUGGUUUCUGGAAACUACACACAUGUCAUCUGUGACUCUUCAGCUUCUAUUGUCUCCAUUGGGAUUGUCACACUUUCUAUUCAUGGCAUCCCAGCUGUGUGUAGUGGGGCCUGUGACUAUUCCUAUGCAGAGAAUGCAGCACCAAUCCUACUGAAUGUAUCUUCUAUGUUUCUGACCACAGUUUACACACAGCUCACUAUAAGUGGCAGUGGAUUUGGGAACCGUGUGGAUGAGGCUUUCAUUCUUAUAGGAGAUGCCAGUUUUGUUCCAAGUGAUGUUUCAGACAGCAGUAUGAACUGCACAGUAGGCCCCGUACCUGUUGGCAAGCACACACUCAGGGUUUUAACAUUAAAUAAAGGUCUGUCACUUAGAGGGAUUCCCAUCACCAAUGCUGCCAGAGCCUCCCUCUCUCCAGCAUCGGGAGGUAUUCAUGGUGGGACCACAUUGUUAAUAACAGGAAAUGGUUUUGUCCAGGAUGAAACCAUAGUGACAGUUCACAGAUCUCCAUGUCACCUUCUUUCAGUCACUCCGGGGGAAGUUAAGUGCAUCGUUCCAGCUGGUCCCCCAGGCACUGUCGAUGUAAAGACUAUUGUUCAUUCUACAAUGUAUCCUGUCCUUAGAUUUACCUACAACCAAACAAAGACUCCGAAAAUUCUAGCCGUGUCUCCGGCAACAGGUGUAAGCGAAUCAACAGUCACCAUCGUUGGGUCAGGAUUUGGAUCUGCUGCCACUGAUAUCACUGUCUUCAUAGACAAUGUCUUGUGUAAUGUGAUCUUAAUGAAUGAAAGCUGUGUUCAGUGCAUUGUGGGGCAUCAUGCUGGUGGCAUAUUCCCAAUAUUUCUGAAAAACAAGAGGUGGGGAUAUGCAUCGACUGAUUUCUCCUUUCAGUACGAACUCAAUAUAACCAGUAUCUUUCCAACUGAAGGCAACUUUGGUGGUGGCACAUUACUGACAAUAAGGGGCAUUGGAUUUGACCAACAAAAAUCCCAAGUGUUUGUGUGUCAUAAUGAAUGCAAGAAGGUGCCAUCAGCCUCCACUUCCAGAAAUCUCUACUGUCAGGUGCCUCUGCAUAAUGGUACCGAACCCCAGCUGGCGUGUGAAGUGGUUGUUGUAAACGGUAAUGUUUCGAGCAAAGUGAGCAAUGGCUUCACCUACUCUUUAGCUUUGAUCUCUGUAAUUGCAACUAUUAGCCCCAGGAGAGGAGGAACUGGGGGAGGCACCAAGCUGACCAUUACAGGGUCAGGUUUCAGUUCAGACAUAAGUGAGAAUAAUGUGACUAUAGCUGAAAGUCCCUGUGAGAUCCAGUCUGUGAAUGAAACCAACAUUUUGUGUGUUACCAGCGCACAUUUUCCAUCACAACAAACUAAAGUCAUUGUGAGCGUACAGGGAAAUGGCAUUGCCAAGCUGGACAAUGCAGAUUUCAACUACAUUGAUGUCUGGUCCUCACGUUACACAUGGGGAGGUGACACACCUCCUGAGACAGGCUCACUUGUUGUUAUCACCAAAGGGCAGACUGUACUCCUGGACCAAAGUACCCCUGUCCUGAAGACGCUUGUCCUUCAAGGUGGAACCCUUCUGUUCGAUGAUGCUGACAUUGAGCUUCAAACAGAAAACAUUCUCGUCACGGAUGGAGGAGUGUUCCAGAUUGGAACAGAGUCCGCUCCAUUCAGGCACAAGGCAAUAAUCACACUGCAUGGUCACCUCCGAGCAAAAGAACUGCCCCUGUAUGGAGCCAAGACACUGGCAGUUCGAGAGGGAACCCUGGACCUUCAUGUUGUCCAUGGCUGUUUUUCUUCCUGCGCAAGUGCAGCUUUUCCUUCUCAUGGGCACAGCCAGAGAGAAAAUGAGGACAGGAUUAUAGAUGCUGUCUCAGAUGAUGGACGGAUCCUGAACCUUACUGAGCCACUCACCUAUCAGCACCUGGGGGUAUCAAUCCCCCUGCCUGAUGGCAUUGUGUUUGAAGCCAGAGCAGAGGUGGGUUUACUGACUCGCAAUAUCGUUAUCCGAGGCUCAAAUCAUAUCGAGUGGAAUGAUCAAAUCGAAGCAUGUCCUGAUGGAUUUGACACAGGUGAAUUUGCAACACAGACUUGUUUCCAGGGACGUUUUGAUGAAGAAAUCGGGAGCGACCAGUUUGGAGGCUGCAUUAUGUUCCACAAUCCACAGCCCAGCAAGGAUCUUGUAGUGGGGAGACUUGAAUAUGUUGAGAUAUAUUAUGCAGGACAAGCCUUCCGUUUGGGUCGCUACCCAAUCCACUGGCACCUUAUGGGAGACCUGAGAUAUGAGUCGUAUGUGAGAGGCUGUGCAAUACACCAGACCUUUAACAGGGCUGUGACUAUCCAUGGUACACACCACCUCCUGGUGGAGGGCAAUGUGGCCUACAACAUCAUGGGAGGAGCAUUUUUCAUUGCCUUGUUCAAUGCCAUCCUCAAUGUGCUGCAGUAUAACCUGGCAGUCAUGGUGCAGCAAAGUACCAGCCUACUCAAUGAUGACCUUACUCCUGCAGCAUUCUGGGUGACCAAUCCCUCGAAUAUAAUCAGACACAACGUUGCUGCAGGGGGUACACACUUUGGUUUCUGGUAUCGUCUGCUGGAGCACCCUGAUGGACCUUCCUACACACCUGAUGUCUGCCCACGCAACUUACCCCUCGGUCAGUUCUUAAACAACACUGUACAUUCCCAGGGCUGGUUUGGGCUGUGGAUUUUCAAAACUUACCACCCACAGAAAGGGGGUCAGUGCAACUCCCUGAUCUCGUGGGAGCGGAAAGAGCCAGCAAUGGUGGAAUUAUGUCAGAUUCACUCUACAGAAGCAGGCCAUUUGGCCCAUCUGACCCGUGCUGGUGUUUAUGCAGCUCGUAACCCUGGUAACAAGGUGCUUCCACACAGCUCGCUUUUGGAUCCAGCUCGAUGUCACCCAUCAGUGGAGUGGAGCCAUGAGUACCCUGGAGUCGUGUGUGAUGCCACCAUUACCAUCCAUCGCUUGACUUUGUCUCAACCUUCACCAUUUGCCUUGAAAGAGAAGAAACUCAUCCUAUCAAAUUCCCACGGAACCAGUGUCAUCCCAUACUGGUCCGCGCAUGGGAUAAAUAACGGUGGUUGGAUGGCUCUUAUUCCAAAUGAUGAGAUCUUAAAUUGGCAUUUUAAGGAUAUGGGUUUUCUCACCAGCAUCUCCUACAAAGCCACGUUCCACCACUUCAAGGACAACGAUUCUAUUGUAAUGUCCCACAAAUUCAUACAUCAACCAAACUAUUUCAAGAUCAUGAAUCCAGUUCGGAAUAAUUCACUGCAGCCUCUCAGUUGGGCCAGCAACCAGAACGGAGAUUGGUACUUUGACCAGGACAAUUUGACCCUGUAUUAUCUGAAAAGGAACCUUUGUCAUUCUCAAAAACAUUUUCUUUCCAGGACAUGGUCGAACUCCUCAUUCUGGGAAUCAAGGCCAGAAUCCAAUCACACUGUCCCUACUGAAGGUAGCAGCGUGCUGAUCAAACAAGGGCUGGUUCAGACAGUCUCAGGAUUUUUAGCUGCAUUACUGUUAAUGCUUUUUGUUUUGCAGGGGGGGAGGCUGAUUGCUGGCAGUCCAGAGAAACCAUUUCAAGGAGAGCUGCAGAUUGUUUUGAAGGGAGACCAUUCAACCCCAGACUGGUCUUUUAAAAAUGGGCCCAAUCAGGGGUCAAAGGUGUUGGGUGUGUUUGGAGGACUGGAUCUUCAUGGUAUUCCCCAUUUGGUCUAUAAAACCAAACUGGGUUCAACAGCACAUGCUGACUCCCUCAACAUAACGCUGGCUGAAGCUGUUGAUUGGCAGGAAGGAGAUGAGAUCCUUGUGUCAACAACGAGCUAUAAUCAUAUGCAGACAGAAAUCAGAAUGAUCCACUCUAUCUCCUUUGAUAGAAAGACAUUGGGUUUGAACAAAGCACUGUCACACACACACAUCGCUGAAACACAGGAAUUGAAGGAAAGAGGCCAGAGUUACACUCUGGCAGCAGACAUUGGCCUGCUUAGCAGAAACAUCAAGAUCAUCGGCCAUCAUCAUCCUGAUAAGGCAAAUGAAAUGUUUGGAGCACGAGUCUUGAUCAGUUCCUUCUUUCAUAAUGGAGUAGAGUUCAAAGGUCAUGCCCGAAUACAGGAUGUUGAAUUUUAUCACAGCGGACAGUAUGGUUAUCUAAGUUACUUUGACCCACGAUAUUCUGUGUCUUUCCUCAACCUUGGAGAGAUUGUAGAAAAUGAUUCUUACAUUCGUGGGUGUUCUUUUCAUCAUGGAUUUGCUCCUGCAAUAGGUGUCCUUGAAACAAAUGGCCUUGAUAUCAAUGAUAAUGUCAUAUGCAAAACUUCUAAUGGAGGUAUCAUAUUAAUGGGCAACAGGAAUCGGGCAAGAAGGAAUCUGGUGGCUCUCUCUUUGUGGUCUUCAGUUUCCGAUACUUGGACUGCAGCAAUUGAGGUAGCUCAAGGCACUAAUAUUGUGCUACAAGGGAACAUAGUUGCAGGAUUUGAGAAGGCUGGUUAUCGAAUUAAUGGGGAACCAGGUCCAGGUAAGUCUCAACCUCAGAGACACCUGCACUCAACUCGUAUCUCCCACUUGUGUGACAUUGACAUUAUUCCACUCGGCCCAGGCAAACAGCCUGCACUCGUGUCAUGCAAACUACAGUUCUCUGAUCUGAAGGAAAUUUCUAGCAAUCUUGGUGAGGCCAUGCUUACUGGAAAUCUGAGUGCUUCCCUGGGCUUUACAAUCUCUACAAUCGAUCUUUCCAGUCCAGUGCCACCUCCAGGUGAUGCACAGUGGGUUCAGAUGACUUCAAAACCAGUGCUGAGCAGAGCAGUGAGAACUAACCACGUGGCCACUGUGACUGGUCUCAUUAUAGUCAGGGAGCCAGUUGCUGGACAAACAGGACAACUAUUGAGUCAGCAGCCCAGUGUGAAGGCAGUGGAUGAUGCUGGUAACUGUGUAUCAGUGGGUGUUACCUCAUGGGAAUUGGUUGCUGUCCUCCUGAAUUCUCAGAACAUGACAGUUUCUGGACUUAACGGGACAACAAGUAUCUUGUUUGCGGGCUGUUGGGCAAAUUACACUGACCUGUCCAUCAACACAAAUGGUACCGGCUACAAACUAUUGUUUGAACUUAAGUCUAUUAAAACUCAUUCUGGCACCUUCUCUGUGAAACAAAUAAAUGACAGCCCUGGGAAACCCUCAGGCACCAGCCCAGCCUCAGUCCUCGGUAAUACACAAGGGAUCAUUAGUGGCUCCAUUAUGGGAAGCGUUGUGCUCAUCCGCCUCAUUGCUGGCAUAAUCUGGAAAUUAACAGCUGGUAACACCAAGAAGAUUCAGGUGUCUACCAGACCUGAUGCGCAGGACAAGAAACAAGUUGACACAGUCACUGGUUAUAAUCCAGACAACAGCCUCCCUCGAGUGCAAAACUGACCAGCAUAAAGCUUGAAAAAUGACCAACGUAACCAGGAUUGAAUGAAGUUGAAGCAACAAAUGAAAUCCAACAAUCUUUUAUUUUCGGGACAAGCUGAUUAUAACCCAAAACAAUAGUGAGAUUUCCAUUAGGUUAACCUUCAAAUUUUUCAGCCAGUGAAACUAGUCUUUGUCAAGUAUAUCUUUAUAAUGUCCUAGUAGUUUCAGUCACGUUCCUGCAAAUUUUCUUGAAUUGUUUUCAAUCCAGCCUUCUACUCGAAAUUAUGU